ACUGUGACUUUUGUUAAUAAACUCUUUAAAAGCAACUUUAUUUUACGUGAAGGAAAAUAAACUCAUAACUUAAGUGUUAAUAGUGGUAUCUAGUGUAGAGAGAGCUAUAAUUACUGUAGUACUUAGUGCGUACUUUUAUUUGUGAAACAUGUCGCGUGAUCCUCGCGACCCUAGGAAGGGUUAUUACAACCGGGAUUGGGAUAGAGAUCGUGAUCCGCGUGAUCCGCGUGAUCGAAACCGUGAUCGUGAAUACCGGCAUCCAAUUCCGAAGCGAAGCCGCAGCCCCCUGAGGGAUGAGAAGCGGCGUAGCCGCUCCCCAAGGAUGAAACCUGACAAGGACCUAGAUGAGAACAUUUUGAGUGAGAUCGCCAAGCUGCCUGAACCGAGUGAAUUGUGGGAGCCGAAUCAGUUCCAAGACCCUGGCUUUGCGCCCCCGCCGCCGUCCUUCCAACAAUCUGAGUCAAAUCCUUCAUUCAGCAACUACCCGCCACCUUCUUACUCUGGCAUCUACGAUGACUUUCCUCCCGUUGCUGCGGUACCUCCGACCCCGCACCCACCGGAUAUUGGCAACUGGAACCAGCUGUCACUGCCGCCACCACCAACAGCACCUCCACAAUUUAAUGUUGAGGAUCAGAUUAAGAAAGAAGCGGCGAUAGAGUCGGAAAUGCGCCAUCAGAAGGCAGCACUAUCCAAGCAGCGCGAGGAAUACAUGAAAAAGGCGGGAAUUUUGAAAAAGGAACUCGAAACGCUUAAAGACCAGCGCAACGAACUCCGCGGCGACCCGAAACGAUCGCCCUCGCCGGACACUAAACGGUUUUUAAAGGAAAAUACCAAACUACAGUUGGAGAUUCAGAACAAGCUGAAGACGAUCAACAAUGUGGUGGACAUGCUCAACGGCAUCAUCGGAGAGGAAGCUGAGGCAGCGCUGAACUCCGGAGAUUCGAGCCCCGACCUGAAGACUAAAAGGAAAUCCAGGUCGCCAACGAACAAGAAAUUCAACUAUGUGUACUACGACCCGGAGAUGCAUUGGUGUCGCGUGUGCAACGAGUUCCCUCCUACAGCCAAGGAUUACUUGAACCAUCUACACUCGCCAGCACAUCAGAAAAUGGCGGCAGCGCACAUGGAAGCCCCGUGGCACAGCGUGACGACGGCCAACGAGGGGUUCCCUAGCUUUCCCUCGGCGCCCACCAAGCGGACCCCUAUCAGAGGUUUACAAUUCUUCGUACCGUCGACGGCGUGGUACUGCAAGCUGUGUGACCAGUUCAUCGGGGACCUGCACUGCGCUUCCGCACAUCUCAAGUCUAUCGUGCAUUCCAAAAACUAUACCAACUUCGUGGAACAGAACCCGCACUGGGAGACGGACUGGAUGUCGGACCGGCAGAAGGCGUUCGAGAAGGCUCGCGGCUCCAAGGGGAAGGAAGACCCCGCCAAGGCCGCGCAGCAAGCCGCGGCCACCAGAUACGCCGCGCACACCAUCACAUUCAACAAAGACGGUUUCCACACGAAACGCAAGGACAGCCCGCAGCCGCCGCCCGAAAUCAAAGAAGAGAAGCAGAAGAAGAAGAAGAAGGAAAAGAAGAAGAAAAGCAAGAAGAAGAAGGGGAAGAGCUCCAGCAGCAGCUCGUCCAGCUCCUCCAGCAGCUCUGAAAGCGAUACUGUGGCUAAGAAGAAGAAAAAGAAGUGGCUUGCGAACGCAGAGGCGCGUUUGAACGAGAGCGACCGCCAGCUUCUGGACUCGCUGAAGAGCCGGAUGACGCGGAACCGGGACGCGGCCGCGCGGGACGCGAGGGACUCCAGGGACGGCAGGGACAGAGGCGCUUCUAGAAAGAGGGAGGCGGAGCGGCGGGGGUCCCGCUCGCGCUCGUCCCGCUCCCGGGAGCGCGGGGAGUCCCGGGGCCGCGAGCGCGGGGAGUCCCGCGGCCGCGAGCGCCGCUCCGGGUCCCGGGGGCGCAGCCCGGGCGGCACGGCCAGGAAACCAGAGAUCAGGAAGAUGCCCUUCAUCGGUAAAAUGCCUGUAUACAAAAACCUAAGCAAAACUACUAAAACUGAGGAACAAAAGAAAGAUGAAGUGAAAAAGAAGGAAGAAGAGGACGCUACCAAGAAGAGAAGAGACGAAAUGGACGCAGAAAUACAAAAGAAGGUGGCGGAGUUUAAGGAGAAGAUAGCCCGCGCGCAGAUCCAGCAGGAGAUCGGUCCGCCCGCCAUCGCGCUGCCCACCUCCCUCGGCGCGCCCGUCGCCUUCCUCCCCCCGCCACCCGCCGCGCCCGCCCCCGCGCCCCCCGCGCCCGCGCCCGCACCACCGCCGCCGCAGCCUGCCGCACUACUGCCUAACCUCUCGAAAGACUUCCAAGAUGCUCUGGACAUCAUCUUCCCCUCCGAAGUGAAGAAACAAGCGGACGCACUCCAAGCGCAGCAGGAACUCUUCGCCGCCGCCAUGCCCUUCGGUCCCCUCGGCGGCGUUAUGCCCCCCUUCCCCCCACUAGGCCUCAUGCCCCCGGGCAUGAUGAUGGGCUUCGACAUGAACCCCCCACAACUCAACCCGAAUCUUUUUCCUCCUAGACCGCAGCUUUAUGACACACAUGUUCCCCUAGUACCCAGCCCGAAACCGAGGCAGCAAAAUAAGAGACCUAUGAAUAAACAGCAUAAUAAUAAACCUAACAACCAGAAUAACCAGAAUCAAAAUAAGCCGCAGAAUCAAACACAACCUCAACAGAAUCAGCAAAGCCAGAAGCCAGCGGAAAAGCCGAAAGAGGAAAACGGAAGCGUGGCGAAAAAGAAAGAAGAAUUAGAUGACUUGGCUAUGUUAGGCAUUGAUGCCGGUGACGUCGCUGGGAUGUAGAUGAAAAUCCCAUGUUCCCACAACCAUGAGUUGGAGCGAGACACAGCGAUCGGACCUCUCGUUCCCACGUAUAGUUGCCGCCGCCGCCGGUCCGUCUCAGUACCUAAGUAUACUGUUAUAAGUAAGACUUACAUGUAUUAUGUAUCAAAGACGCAAAAUAGUUAAAAAACUAAAACAGUCUCAAUUAAACUUACUUGAUUACGAAUUUAAUCAUGUAUCUAAUUGAUAUGAUUAAAUCAUUCCGUUCUCAUUUUAAAUCACUUUACAUUUAUGAUAGUUAACAAAGCGAGUUUUUUUUAACGUAUCAAAAGUAUAAAGUAUUAAAUUGACAACAUUGAUAUAUUUUGAAAUUGAAAAAAAAUCGAAAAUGCAUAUAAUGAAAUAAAUAAUUUAGUUUAAUGUUGACCCAUACACUAGGUAGGGCAUACAAUUUCUAUUUUAUGUAUAAUUUACUUCAAAUGAAAGUAAAAAAGGAAGGCUUUGGAAGAAGGUUCACAAACUGUUGGUUAACCCUUCGACUGACAAAGACGUCAACAGACGCGCGCGGCUACAGAUGAAACUCAACCUUCGUGCAUUCCCACAAUGUUCACACGAUGACGCGCCGCGCUCGAUAGCCGUGGCAUUCAAAGGGUGUGGACGAAGGUAGGAACAAAGUAGUUUGUGACUGGUACAUAAUGAAAGCCAUUAAGAAACGAGCGCGGGCUUAUGAAACGAGCGAAGCGGGUUUCAUAAUAGGAUCACAAGUGUUUUAAUGCUUAAUUAUGUAUAUCAUGCACUGCUUUAUCUACACACAUAGUAUAAGCUCUCUAUGAUAUGUUCAGGAACCUUAUGUUACGACCGCCAUUGCGGCAUUAAUCACACUUAUGGACGGUAGACGAAGGACGACAAUCUCCUAUGGCAGAACUGUUGCAAGUGUCUGUGUCUAGUUGUUAGAUAUAAAUAAUAGUUCCAAAUCUCUCCAGAGUAGCGCUAGAGUAGCUAAGAACGUAGGCGUUAUUGACGGAGUAAAGUGCGCUGUCAAUGAAUUUUUUUAUCAAAUAUUCUAGGUAUUGUGGCGCCACCUAUUUAGGUUAUUGACGUACACUUUUUGAUACAUGGAAAUUCCUUGAUUCGAGAUUCCUCACCUCUACCUUCCAUUAAUCACACUGUUUGCAAUUGACAUUCCAUUUCUAAUAAAACGUCACCUCGACACGCUGACAGUUCAAAAAUGACAAUUACUCAUAUAAAAUAGAACACGAGUUUAAAGUGCCGUAUGUGGGAAAUAUAUCACCCUCAACCUGGUAAAGGGUUAAAAUUGAGGUCAAAUUAUAUUAAGUACUUUGUUUUAAAAAUGUGCCAUUUUCAAUCAAAAGGGUCGCUUGUCAGUAAGGCGCUAUUUCCAUAUAGCUUCAAUUAGAAAUCAACCUUAUCGACAAGCGACAAUGUGGUACCUUUUGAUUGAAAACGUCACAAACGUUGUCUUAAUAUCGUUAUACAAUCUAAUUUGAUUUUAAUAUUACUCAAUCAUAACAUCAUCACAGAUAAGAAUUUGUUCUAACAAAACAGUUUAUUUUUAGGGUGGCCGUAAUUUGCAGUUUUCGUAUCAUAGCUUAGAGGGUUUAUGAUAUGUGUGUAGAUAAUAGUACAUUAUGCAAUGAGGGGGUAAGUAAAAAUUUGCAAACGAGGUCUUUAGAUGCACGACAGCUCAGGCUGGAUCGCAUUAAAGACUCGAGUUUGCAAUAUUCUUACCCCUGGAGUUACACGCAAUGUUUUUCAUCACACUUGCGAAAAAAAAUAAUUAAGCGAAAUAAUUCUUCAAUACGGUGACAUUUCAAACAUUCGUCCGCCAUAUUGUCAUUUGUUGACAGGUUAGACAUCGAAGGUACACCAAUCCGGCAUUCAGACGAUUGAAACUUGUGUAAAUAUAAUUUAAAUGACUAUUAAAUUAAUCAAAUUAAACAUUUUUAAACAUAAAGAAGACAAUUAAUGAUUUUAUCAAGUAUUUUACUUAGAACCAAUUUUUUUUUAAAGCUGUAGGUCCCGUGGGAGUAAAAUAGACUACCUCCCGCUGCGCAUGCAUGAAAUAGCACGUUUACCGAGCAAGUGUGAUGAAAAGAUAAUCCUCUUCUAAAAAAAUGUUAACCGUUGCUCUGACUGCACUAAAAUUGUUUUUUUUUUUUACGAGUACAGACUAUUCUGUAAUAUAUGAAAUCGUAAUAUAAGUAAUUGUACGUUAUCUAAGUUGUCAUAUAAUGUAUAAAUAAUUUGACUGUAUUUUUG